AUGCUGUCUCCCGCUCCCGCCUUCCACCCAGCACUAUGCUGCCUCCCGCUCCCGCCUUCCACCCAGCACUAUGCUGUCUCCCGCUCCCGCCUUCCACUCAGCACUAUUCUGCCUCCCUCUCCCGGCCUCCACCCAGCACUAUGCUGUCUCCCGCUCCCGCCCUCCACCCAGCACUAUGCUGCCUCCCGCUCCCGCCUUCCACCCAGCAUUAUGCUGUCUCCAGCUCCCGCCUUCCACCCAGCACUAUGCUGCCUCCCACUCUCACCUUCCACCGAGCACUAUGUUGUCUUCCGAUCCCGACUUCCACCCAGCACUAUGGUGUCUCCCGCCUCCCACCCAGCACUAUGCUGCCUCCCACUCCCACCUUCCACCAAGCACUAUGCUGUCUCCCGCUCCCGCCUUCCACCAAGCACUAUGCUGCCUCCCACUCCUGCCUUCCACCAAGCACUAUGCUGUCUCCCGCUCCCGCCUCCCACCCAGCACUAUGCUGUCUCCCGCUCCCGCCUUCCACGUUCCACCCAGCACUAUGCUGUCUCCCGCCUUCCACCAAGCACUAUGCUUUCUCCCGCUCCCGCCUUCCACCCAGCACUAUGCUGUCUCCCGCCUUCCACCCAGCACUAUGCUGCCUCCCACUCCACCCAGCACUAUGCUGCCUCCCGCCUUCCACCCAGCACUAUGUUGUCUCCCGAUCCUGACUUCCACCCAGCACAAUGGUGUCUCCCGCCUUCCACCCAGCACUAUGGUGUCUCCCGCCUCCCACCCAGCACUAUGCUGUCUCCCGCUCCCGCCUUCCACCCAGAACUAUGCUGUCUCCCGCUCCCACCUUCCACCCAGCACUAUGCUGUCUCCCGCUCCCGCCUUCCACCCAGCACUAUGUUGUCUCCCGAUCCCGACUUCCACCCAGCACUAUGUUGUCUCCCGAUCCCGACUUCCACCCAGCACUAUGCUGUCUCCCGCCUUCCACCCAGCACUAUGGUGUCUCCCGCUCCCGCCUUCCACCCAGCACUAUGCUGCCUCCCGAUCCCGACUUCCACCCAGCACUAUGCUGUCUCCCGCCUCCCACCCAGCACUAUGCUGCCUCCUGCUGACGCCUUCCACCAAGCACUAUGCUGUCUCCCGCUCCCGCCUUCCACCCAGCACUAUGCUGUCUCCCGCUCCCGCCUUCCACCCAGCACUAUGUUGUCUCCCGAUCCCGACUUCCACCCAGCACUAUGUUGUCUCCCGAUCCCGACUUCCACCCAGCACUAUGCUGUCUCCCGCCUUCCACCCAGCACUAUGGUGUCUCCCGCUCCCGCCUUCCACCCAGCACUAUGCUGCCUCCCGCUCCCGCCUUCCACCCAGCACUAUGCUGUCUCCCGCUCCCGCCUUCCACUCAGCACUAUUCUGCCUCCCGCUCCCGCCUUCCACCCAGCACUAUGCUGUCUCCCGCUCCCGCCCUCCACCCAGCACUAUGCUGCCUCCCGCUCCCGCCUUCCACCCAGCAUUAUGCUGUCUCCAGCUCCCGCCUUCCACCCAGCACUAUGCUGCCUCCCACUCUCACCUUCCACCGAGCACUAUGUUGUCUUCCGAUCCCGACUUCCACCCAGCACUAUGCUGCCUCCCACUCCCACCUUCCACCAAGCACUAUGCUGUCUCCCGCUCCCGCCUUCCACCCAGCACUAUGCUGCCUCCCACUCCUGCCUUCCACCAAGCACUAUGCUGUCUCCCGCCUCCCACCCAGCACUAUGCUGUCUCCCGCUCCCGCCUUCCACGUUCCACCCAGCACUAUGCUGUCUCCCGCCUUCCACCAAGCACUAUGCUUUCUCCCGCUCCCGCCUUCCACCCAGCACUAGGCUGCCUCCCACUCCCGCCUUCUACCCAGCACUAUGCUGUCUCCCGCCUUCCACCCAGCACUAUGUUGUCUCCUGA